AUGUCUGGAAGAGGCAAAAAAGCCGGCGCGCCAAAGAAGAAAGCAAAUGGUUAUAAAAUGCCAGCCCCUAUUCCUGUAGGUGAAGUGAUUCAUGAUACUAUAGCUAAGAAGAAAUGGCGAAUAGGGCCGUCUAUCGGAGUUGGAGGUUUUGGUGAAAUAUAUUCUGCUUGCGACCAUGAGAGCUCUCCAAAAAAGAGUACUAGUUAUCCGUUUGUGGUAAAAAUUGAACCACAUGAAAAUGGCCCACUCUUUGUUGAAAAACAUUUUUACAUAAGGAAUGCCAAUAAGGAUGAUAUUGCCAAAUUCAUGCAAACCAAAAAGUUAACAACCUUCGGUAUGCCAUUAUAUUAUGGAAAUGGAUCACAUGACUUUAAAGGAGAAAAGUAUAGAUAUUUAGUACUGGAAAGAUAUGGCAAGGAUUUGUGGAGUUUGUUUAAGGAUUCCGGCCGUUCAUUUCCUACUACAACUGUUUUUCAGAUAGGUUUGCAAAUGUUAGAUGUCCUAGAAUAUAUUCACAGCAAAGGUUAUGUGCAUGCUGAUAUAAAAGGUGCAAAUAUACUCAUGGGGCUCAAGAAAGGCACAGAAAAUCAGGCAUACUUGGUAGACUUUGGUCUUGCUGCACGCGUCAAUGACAAGGAGUUUAAGCCGGAUCCAAAAUGUGCUCAUAACGGCACUAUAGAAUACACAAGCAGAGAUGCUCACAUGGGAGUUGCCACAAUGCGCGGGGAUCUAGAAAUCCUUGGGUACAACAUGCUUCAGUGGUUGGUGGGCGAGCUUCCAUGGGAGAAGUCCCUCAAGCAACCGAACACGGUGCAGAGUAUGAAGGAAGCAUUUAUGAAAAAUGUGCGCAGCGAAAUUACCAAAAAGUUCACAAAUGUACCUGAUGCAUUAAUCAAAUUUUUUGAGUACAUCAACUCCCUGAAACCUAAAGAUCCAGUGGAUUACGUCAAAUGUAGACAGCUAUUUGAAAGUUACUUGAAAAGCGAAGGCAAGACAAAAUCGAGUAAAUUGGAGUUCAAAAAUUCUGUAAAGAAAACAAGAGCAAACAAUGAAACGAUUGAAGAUGAAAUUGACGGGAAAGAUGUUGAGAGAGUAGAAAAGAAGAGAACAAAGCCAAAGACCACCGCGCGUGGCCGCCCAAAGAAAGUAAUGAAAUCUGACGAAGUAGAGACUGAGAAUUGUGAGAAUAAAGAACCCGAGGAGGAAGAAAGAACUAAAAAGACCAUCAGGAAGACGACUAAAAGGAAAUCUUUAGAACCCUCGCUAGUCGUCAGAGUAAAGAAGACUAAGCUGACACCGAAAAUGACUCCACCCGCGAAAACAAACCACGUAAAUAUUGCAACACAAACAUCAGCAGGCAGAACCAAGCGCAGUCCUAGGCAGGUGUCUUUCGACAGCCCUAUCAGCGAGAUUAUAGGAAGCAAAAAGCCUUUUAGGACCGUGAAAGACAACGAAUCGGCCAAUUCUAGCGGGGACAUUUUCGAUGACUCAUUUGUUAUUGAGGAAAAGAAAGUGAAGCCGAAGAAAAGACUGCUUUCCGAUGAGGAGGUAACGGUGAAGAGGGUAGUAAAAAAGAAGGUUAUCGUUAAGAAAGCCAAGUCGUGGAAAGACUCGCCUGCCAUUGUGAAUGGUAGGUCACCACCGAAA